CAGCCCACGCGAUUGGCUCUCCUCGCCCCGCCCUCGGUUCCGGAACUCCAAGUCCAUCUUGCCCCGGCCGGAUCUGGCUGGGCCACCAUGGACCUGGGGCUUGCAGGUCGGCGGGCGCUGGUCACCGGCGCAGGCAAAGGCAUCGGGCGCAGCACUGUGCUGGCGUUGCAGGCGGCUGGUGCUCGCGUUGUGGCCGUGAGCCGGACACAAGCGGACCUUGACAGCCUGGCUAGCGAGUGUCCUGGCGUGGAGACGGUGUGUGUGGACCUGGCAGACUGGGAGACCACAGAGAAGGCCUUAAGCAGUGUGGGACCGGUGGACCUGCUGGUGAACAAUGCCGCCGUGGCUCUGUUGCAGCCCUUCCUGGAGGUCACCAAGGAGGCCUGUGACACGUCCUUCAACGUGAAUCUUCGGGCUGUCAUCCAGGUGUCUCAGAUUGUGGCCAGGGGCAUGAUAGCUCGGGGAGUUCCAGGGGCCAUUGUGAAUGUCUCCAGCCAGGCCUCCCAGCGUGCACUGACCAACCACAGUGUCUACUGUUCCACGAAGGGUGCUCUGGACAUGCUGACCAAGAUGAUGGCCCUAGAGUUGGGGCCCCACAAGAUCCGUGUGAAUGCCGUAAACCCCACAGUAGUGAUGACACCAAUGGGCCGGACCAACUGGGGUGACCCCCACAAGGCCAAGGUCAUGCUGGAUCGCAUCCCACUCGGCAAGUUUGCCGAGGUGGAGAACGUGGUGGACGCCAUCCUCUUCCUGCUGAGCAACAGAAGCAGCCUGACCACCGGAUGCACUUUGCCGGUGGAUGGGGGCUUCCUGGCUACCUGAGCCCCCCACACCAUUACUCUGCUCAGCCAUACGCUCAGACAUUGCUCCCCCAUCCCUCCAAUAAACAUCUGUGCAACCUGUGUGCCGACUCUCA